GUCCCUGGUCCAAGAUGAAAGACCUUUCAGGCUAUAACAACAGAACAGAGCUAUCUUCAUAUUCCAUGUGGCAGGACAGGUGUAAGGGCUUAGCAUUCAACACCAAAGUAGCUGUCCUUACAUUCACGACAUAUUCGCCGCUUUGCAUGAACAACGACGUCUCUCAGCUCUCCAGCAGGUCCAAUACGUGUCAGUCACCUAAGAAACCAAUUCUACUCGUCAUCUUCACAUAAGAUGUUACUGUUAUGAGCCACGAAUAUAUAUCAGAGCAACUCUAAGACCUAAUCUAAAGUAGCGAGCAAGAGUCAUAAGAGAAGUUAAAAAGAGAAAAAGUUCACCUAGUAAUCUUCUCUUCUUUGUUUAUUUUUCUGUACAACCUUUUGUUUUCAGUGAUUGAGUCAUGGCAUCCAGGCACGAGAAGGAGGAGAGGGCUGAGGCAGCAGCAUGGCAAGCAGCAUCUGAUCUCAGGGACGUUAAUAGAGAAAGAGAAUGCUAUGAAGAACGAGAAGCCAAAAUGGCCACAGAUCAACCACAACAAGAAAGACCAGGGGUUAUUGGAUCGGUGUUAAGAUCAGUUGCUGACACUUUGGGGCAUGCUAAAGAUGCUGUUGUUGGUAAGAGCUUUGAGGCUGCAGAGCAAACAAGGGAAACUGCUGAUGCAGCUGAAGAGAAGGCUAGAGAGAAUAAGGAUUCUGUUGCAGAGAAGGCAAAGGGGUAUAAAAAUUAUACGACUCAGAAGGCGAAAGAGACUACAGAUUCUGCUGCAUGUAAGAUAGAUGAAACCAAGGAAUCAGCUAAAGAGAAGGUUGAGAAGACAAAGGAAUCAGCAAAGCAAAAGAUUGGAGAGUAUGAAGAUAAGGCGAAAGAGUACAAAGAUUAUGCCGCUCAGAAAGCCAAGGACACUAAGGAUUCGGUGAUGGGAAAGGUCGAUGAGUACAAAGAUUAUGCAGCAGAGAAAGCUAAGGAAACAAAGAAUUCUGCUUUAGAGAAGACAGGUGAGUAUAAGGAUUACACUGCAGAGAAGUCAAAGGAAACGAAGGAUUAUACAGCAGAGAAAGCAAAGGAAACGAAGGAUUAUACAGCAGAGAAAGCAAAGGAAGGAAAGGAUGUCACUGUUAGUAAGCUCGGCGGGCUCACAGAGUCGGCUAAAGAUGCUGCAAGAAAAGCCGUGGACUUCUUAUCUGGUAAAAAAGAGGAAGUGAAAGAGAAAGCAGCAGAGACUACAGAGGCAACCAAGGAGAAAUUGAGUGAAACCGAGGAGGCGGCAAGGACGAAAACGGAGGGGAUUAAGCUGAGAGGUGAAGAACAUAGAGAGGAAGCUGCCCAAAAAGAAGCUAAAGACAUUGAAGCUGAAAGAGGAACUACAACAAGAGAGACAAUCUUUGACAGUCUUGGGUUUGGGUCAAUUAAGGACAGCAUAAGAGGGAAGUUGACAACGGCAGAGGACAUUGCUGAAGAAACAAAGGCUGCACGUGAGCGCGGAGGUACCGGACGAAAGUGUUUGAAUAAAGAUACUGGGAAGGAGGAGAUGGUGAUCCCCAUUGAAGAGAAUGCCACGGGAGCUGUGGCAUCCAUCCUAAAAGCGUCCGAUCAGAUGAGUGGUCAAACUUUCAAUGAUGUUGGACGAAUGGAUGAUGAGGGAGUCAUUCGAGUGGAAAUGGAAUGCACUCCAAAAUUGAGCAAAGAUCGCUGAGAGUUGAGGCAGAGAUAUAUAUAUAUAUAUAUUAUGCAGUAUAACAUCCAAUGUUGAUGAUCUUUCUUUCUCUGUUCUUGGAUUUGUGUAUUUUGUUUUCAGUUGGCUGAUCGGCAAUGGAUCAGAUGUGGGAA